CUGAAGAUAGACAUUUGCAUCUGAUCAAACUGUUCUUUGGUGUAUAUAAGACUCUCAAACUACAAUACACCAAGUGCAUCCAAUAUGAGGUUCUUGAUUGUGUGUGUUCUAGCUGUAACCCUUGCGGUGGUGGUUCUCGCAGAAUCCGAACCUAGAGGGUUUGGCGACAGCAGCAGUGGCAGCUAUGGUGGGGACGCUAAAGGAAAGAUUAAGAAUGGAGGCAAUGGGCAAGGACAGAAACAAGGAAACGGUGGUUAUGGAGGAAAUCAAGGGGAGAAGAAGUAUGGUGGUGGCUCCUACGAUGGAGGAAAAAGCAAUGGCAAAACAGGAAGUGGCCACGAAGUAGCAGGAAAUGGCAAAUGUGAAUCUGGUCAUGGCAAAGGUGGAUCAGGCUAUGAUAAAAGCAGUAGCAAAACAGGAGGCGGUCACCAACAAGGAGGAAAUGGCAAAGGUGAAUCCAGUUAUGGCAAAAGCAAUUCUGGCAGUGAAAAAUCAAGCGGCAGUUCAGGAUUCAAGAGCGGUGGCUCCCAAAAAGGAAGCUUCCAAAAUGGAGGUGGAUCUUCCAAAAAAUACUAAAAUGUAGAACCAGUCUCUUGUAGUACUGCUUAACAAUUCUAAGUGUUAAAGUUUUACAUUUUAUGUAGUACAUAAGUGCAUGCUAUUAAAUAUCUUAAAGGAA